AUCGCGGGUUGUUUGUUUGCACUCCUCAUCUUAAUUGGUACUUCUGUUGGUGGCUACUUCUUCUGGAAUAAGCGUUCCGCUAAGGAAAAGGAAAAAGAAGAUGCUCAACAUGCGGAUAAUUCAAAAGAACGGGAGCAGCAAUUGAAAAAAAUGGCCAACACUACGAAUGAUAAUAGUGGAGUAAAUCGAACACCAACAAAAGUAACCAAACCAGCCAAAAAAGCCCCUGGAAAGAAGGCCGCUCCUAAUGCUACUUCUGGGAAAGGUAAUAAAGAAUGGUCCGUGUUUCGUUUUGUAAAAAAAAAACACCCAACCCGAGAAAUGCUUGAAAAUCAGUCAGAAUUCAACAAGCAAAGAAAAGAAGGUUUUAAAAUGUUUCGAUGUUUAUCUGCUCCUGAAUUCCUGUUGAAUGAUAAAAGAAUUGUCGGAGGAAAAUGGAAAACAGAGAAAGAGUUGGAAAUGUUCUUUAGAAGUAUUGUAGAUUUGGAUUUGCUGGGUUUGAUAGAUCGUCUUCAAUCAAAAAACGAUUUGAAUGCGUAUACUGUAUUAUGUGCAUACACCCAGAAAAUGCUGGAUAGUCAAACACGACUGAAUUGUGUCACUGAAGUUAUCAAAGAGGCAUUCGAAACUGCUGAAAAACAUGAUAAGCUGUGGUAUGAUUCCGAGGAGAAACCACCUCUUUAUGGAGUUCCCUUCAGUGUCAAGUGUAAUUUUGAUAUGAAGGGAUAUCACACAACGAUUGGAUUUCUGAAGAAGCUCACUGAAGCUAAAAAGGAAAUCGAUUGCCCGUUUGUGGCACAUUUGAGGAAUUUGGGAGGAAUCCCAUUUGUUCUGACUAAUGUCCCUCAAGGAUUCAUCUCCUAUAUAAGCUCGAACCCUUUGUAUGGCACCACUUUAAACCCAUGGGCUUUGGAUUGUACUCCUGGAGGAUCUUCUGGAGGUGAAGCUGCUCUAGUGGCAGAUGGUGGAUCUCCAUUUGGGACUGGAUCCGAUCUAGGAGGAAGUUUGAGAAUUCCAGCGGCGUUUUGUGGAUUGGUUACUUUGAAACCCACACAGAGUCGUUUCCACGUGUCAUACAACUAUGGUGGUCUUCCAGGACGAGGUCGUCUUGGUCUAAGCUAUGGGUUCUAUACAAAAUGCGUCAAGGAACAAGUAUUUCUUAUGGAACUUAUAAUUGGAUCUCCAGAAUACCGAAACCUAGAGCCCAUGUCUUCUCCAGCCCCGCUCCAUAUGGAUUCUAAUAAAAAAGAAAAGUACCGAAUCGGAUGGUACGAUGACGACGGAUUCAACGCACCUGUUCCAUCAAACCGUCGUGCUGUCCUCGAAACUAUUGAGAGUCUAGAAAAGGAAGGACACGAAGCUGUUAGAUUCCGAAUGGAAGAUAUUGACCCCAAAUUUCAACCAAACUAUGUAGCGGCUUUGCUGUUCAAAAAUGUUCUUCCAGACGACGGAAAGUUUAUACUAGAUCUCUACAAAAAUGAGCCGAAUGAUCCGUAUAUGGCGAGCUUCAGUAGACUUCUCAAAUUGAAUGACUGGGCCAUAAUCCGAUUAUUAUUUACUCCAAUAAUUUCUUUGUUUUCAAAAAGAGCUGCUAUAAUAGCGAGAGCUCGAAAUGGAAAUCUCGCAGAGUUAAGGAAAACUCAAGAGGAUACCGACACUUAUCGGUUGAAGUUUAUCGAAUAUUGGAAAACUCUUGAAAUUGAUGCACUCAUUUGCCCAUCGUUUUGCACUCCAGCGACCCCUCAUCAAUAUCCUCCGGAAUUGGCCAACUGUGUCCUAUCCACUGGUCUCUACAACCUUCUUGAUUUUCCUGCUGGAAUCGUUCCUGCCGGACAUGUAACAGCAGAUGACGUGGCGAACUUGAAUGAUGAGAAAAUAUUCCCAAUCAAUGACUACCUUCUACGAAAACAAAGAGAUGCUUGCGCGAACUCGGAAGCAAUGCCCAAUGCCGUGCAAGUUGUGGGACUUCCGAAUGAAGAGGAAACAGUGCUAGAAGCCUUUUUCACAACACGAGUAAAAAUGUCGACGAAGGGUAACGGAUCAGCACAAGUUAAUGAAGGAGCUGGAAAAUCAGAAGUCUCGGCACUAAGAGCCUCCCUGAUUCUUAAUUCCCAUCAUUAUUAA